AUGUCAGCGCCGUUGGAAACUGCAGCAGCACUAAUAGGCCUCUUGGAUAAAGCUGCCUUGGAGGAGGAGACCAGAGAUGAUUUCAGGCCUAUAACUUUCCCAUCUUUAUCUGUUUUUGCACACCAGGUCCUGGAGAAAUAUCCAAAUACACCUAUGAGCCAUAAAGAGAUUCUUCAAGUCAUCCAGAAAGAAGGACUUAAAGAGAUCAGAAGUGGGACUUCUCCUCUUGCAUGUCUGAAUGCUAUGCUGCAUACAAACUCCCGAGGGGAAGAGGGUAUUUUCUAUAAGGUUCCAGGGAGAAUGGGAGUGUACACACUGAAGAAGGAUGUUCCAGACGGAUUAAAAGAGCUGUCUGGUGGCUCGGAAGAGAGCAGUGACGCGCAGUCGGACUCCCAAAGCUCGGAGAGCAGCAGCAGUAGCAGCAGCAGUGAUGGUGGCAAUAGCAAAGAGAGGAAGAAAAGCAGAUGGAAAAGGAAAGUGCCAUCUAGACUGUCACAGGCCUGCUCCCCUCAGCCAGGCUGCCCGUCUCCUUCCCUGCCGGUGGGGAAAGCCAUCUCACCCUCCCAGAAGCACAGCAAGAAGGCGCUCAAACAGGCCCUGAAGCAGCAGCAGCAGAAGCAGCAGCAGCAGCAAUGCAGAGCAGGCAUGCCUGUGUCAUCUGACCAGCAGCUUCUACUGAAGACUGUGAAGGCAGCCGGUGACUCCACACCUGUUAAACCUGCUUGGGAAGGAAGGCAGUCAGAUGGACAGUCAAGCAGCCCUCAGAACUACACGUCCAGUUCCUCUCCCUCGGUUAAGACUGAUCAUUCCCUGCCGAGCCUGGGGAAGAAACCGUUCCAGAGAUCUGACCGACUCCAUGCAAGGCAGCUGAAGAGGACGAAAUGUGCUGAAAUAGAUGUGGAAACGCCUGACUCCAUCCUAGUGAACACAAAUCUGCGGGCGCUGAUCAACAAGCACACGUUCUCAGUUUUACCUGCCGACUGUCAGCAGCGCCUGCUGCUGCUGCUCCCAGAGGUGGACAGGCAGGUUGGGGCAGACGGUUUGAUGAAGCUGAGUGGCUCAGCUCUGAACAACGAGUUCUUCACUUCAGCUGCACAAGGCUGGAAGGAGAGGUUAUCAGAAGGUGAAUUCACCCCAGAAAUGCAGCUGAGACUACGGCAGGAGAUAGAAAAGGAGAAAAAGGUGGAGCUAUGGAAGGAACGAUUCUUUGAGAGUUACUAUGGCCAAAGUUCCGGAAUGAGUCCAGAAGAGUCCAGGAGACUGACAGCCUCCAGUAGCACUGCUGACACGCAGGCCGGGAAUCCCCCCGGUGAACAGAGGAAUCGCACGCUAGUUUCCAAGGCGCUGCCCAGGAAAGAGGAGAUAACAUCCGUGUCCGAGUCGAAAGCACAAGCCGUGCAAGUGCCUCCGCCAGCAGUGAAGAAAGGAGAGGAAAGAGAAUUUGUGCCUCCCCAAACAGGCAAAACGGUAGCGUCUGUAAAUUGCUCAGCACUGGAACUUACUGACCAAACGCUCUCUGGAGUACUGCAGGGGCCUGAGGAAUCCAUACAAGAAAAGCCACGAGAUACCUCUGGUCAGAAGCCAGAAGAAGGACGGCAGCCCGCUGCAUCGCUGCAUCCAGAGAUCUGUCAGAAGGAAACCACAAGUCCCUCAGCCAUGGCCCCAAGCAAACCAAGGAGCCCUGAGCCAGCAGAAAGUGCGGCGAGUCGAGCUACUCGCCAGGAGACCCCUAAAGAGGAGCCUGCCGCGAUGGAACAGGUGGAUGUCAAUGCCGAGGGCCUCAAGAGAAAGUCAGCGGGUCAGGAAGUAGUGCUGGUCAGUCCUGAAAAAAAGCCACGACUCACGGACAGCUGCCAGUUCCAGCAGUCGUUUCGGACCCAGCCCCAGCCCUUUCCUGCCGCGGGGGAUGGGGCACAGGUGCGAAGGGUUCCGCCACUCAAGAUUCCUGUCUCCAGAAUCUCCCCUAUGCCAUUUCUUGCUAGCCAGGUCUCUCCCAGGGCUUGCUUUCCAACCUCAGUCAUCAGUCCCAGAAGAACAGGGGCCAGAACUUUGGCAGACAUCAAAGCAAAAGCACAGCUGGCCAAGGCCCUGAGGGAAGCAGCAGCAGCAGCCCGCGCGGCGCGGUGUGCGCCCGCCGCAGCCUCCAAUGGGGGAGCCAUCCCAGGGCCUGGUCCGGGAGGCGGUGGCAGCUGCCCAGGAGGGGGAGGAGGAGAGGAGAAGAGUCGUACAGCAACAAGUAGAACCAAUGAAACUGGAAUUCAAGGCAGUGCACUGGAACUGGCAGGAGCUGGAAGCAGGGGAGGUCCGAGAAGGCCUUUUCCCCAUUGUUCAGAGACCCAUUCCCAAGCGACGACCCAGGCCACAGAGCGCGCAUCACCUCUCAGUGACUCUAGAGCACAACUACAGCCGACUCCCGCGGUACAGUCCAGAACGGCAAUCAGUGACAGAGGCAGAGAGUCAGUCGCACCAGCCCCACCAGCAUUAGAGACAAUGAACAGAGCACAAGUGGGCCCUCCCAACUUGACUGUGAGCCAGGCGUCCAGACCAUCUGCUGGCUCAAGCCUCGUACGUUCUUUCAGUAAUGAGAGACAAGAGAAAGCACCUUCAGCUCUGACAGGUCCAAGCCAGAUCUCAGGGGCACCACCUGUCAGGGAUGACACAGUCUAUGUGUGUGUAUCCAGAGCAGGUGUUGACAAAAAUGUGACCAAGUCAGCACUUACUGCCACCGAAGGGACCAGCCUAAGUAUUCCCAUGAGCAGACCUCUUCCCGCUUUGUCUUCGCUGGCAGCCGUAACCUCAGAAACUCAGGCUGGUGUUGUGGUAGCAUCUCCUACAUCUCCUCCCUCCUUUGUUAGCACUUUGUCAGUAACCCCUCGCCUUACAGCUCCUCUAGCUCCCAUGAGCACAGGUGGGCCCCUCCUGAAGACGAGCUCCAGUAUUCCUGCUAACAACCCCUUGGUCACCCAGCUGCUCCAAGGGAAAGAUGUCCCAAUGGAGCUAAUCAUGCCUAAGCCUCUCACCAAAGUAGAAAUGAAAACUGUCCCACUAGCUCCAAAUGAGUCAAAAGGGGCGGUGUUUUCCAGGGCCACCAGCACAGCCGGGAAUGGCUCUGGUGGGGAACAUGGUGACAGACAAUCAGAGUUAGCGAUGCAGCAACUUGGAAAGCUGUUUUUCCCAAACAGGCAGCUGCAUCACGUUCCAAAGGCCUUUCCCCUCUUCUCAGGAAAGGACCUGAGGGGCACUAGUAUUGACCAGUGCCAAGAGGCACUCGACAAGGCCUCUCAAGAGCAGAUCCUUCAGACGCUUAUCCAGCAGGUCCAGAGGCAGAAUCUGUUCUCAGUCCUGCAGCCCUCACAGCUCAGCCUCACUCACUCAGGUUUCCAGUUAGACAACAGCUCCACCAGUCAGAAAUUCAUGCUGGGUUUCAUGGGAAGGAGGACAUCCAAGCCUGCCAUGUCUGGCCAUUACCUGCUGAAUAUUUCCACCUACGGCCGCGGCUCAGAGAGUUUCAGGAGAGGUCUGUCCGUGAACACUGAGAACCGCUUGUUUCUGAAUGAUCCUUCUGAUGAUCCAAAAACAGAAUGUGGGGAAUGUGAAGAAAUAACGGGGAAUGGCAGCAGCAGUGAUGAAGGAGAUGCAGAUGACGAGAGCACUGGUGAUGAAUAUGGACAUAUCACUGUAAAGGAGGAACCCCUGGUUUCUCAGGUUUCUGGCCAUCAUGGAAGAGAACAGGCACCACACAGUGUCAGUGUUUCUUCAGACUGCUGGCUGCCUGCUGGAAAGAACGUCAAGGAAGAGGCAGUCUUCUCUCAGCAAACAGCAGCCAGGCCGGAGAGUGUUCACCAGCUCCCCAGGGGCCGAGUGUUUGACGGAACCACAUUAGCAAGAGAUUUGAUUCAGGCAGCCCAGCAGCAAGUGGCGCAUGCGAUGAGAGAGAAACCGAUGCAUGGUGACCCUCAUGCUUACAGCAGUUCUGCACCGCUUGCAAACUCUGCAUUGCAGCAGCCUCCGCUGCUUUCCCCCUCGCACCCUCCAAAGCAAUACGGAAACACGGCCGCACAGCUCAUUGGUCCUCGUUACAGCGGCACCAUAAAUGUGUCCACCUCUCCAGAGGUGAGCCAAGGGUCCCUCAUGACUGGGCUGUCCGAGUGCAAUCAGUUGGCCAGUAGUAUGGGAAACGUCAUGUCUUUCUCUGUGACUGUAACCACGAUUCCCGCCAACCCGGCUAUGAACCCUGGCAACCACCAUCAGACCAUCCCGGUUCAAGCCUUUGGUGAUGACAACAUGGAGGAUUCACCUUCAAAAUGCUAUUGCAGGUUGAAAGCCAUGAUCAUGUGCAAGGGUUGUGGUGCCUUCUGCCAUGAUGACUGCAUUGGCCCCUCUAAGCUCUGUGUCUCCUGCCUUGUAGUGCGGUAACUGAGAUGCGCGACCACGGGGGAAGGCGGCCUGGUUUUGUGCCUCCUUCAGAAAUUACUGCCUGAAGAAAGAGGCGUUUUCUGCCUUGCACAGACACGUCACUGAAUCAGGAAUACAGAGCAGCGUUCUUCUUGGAAGAAAGAGCACCUUGUUGUAUAGUGAGUCUAAGCGAACUCAACUCUGUGAAUCGUGACAAGAGUUUGCACUUAAGGAAUCAUGUAAAUAUGUCACAUUAUUUUGUUUAAAAAUUAUUUUUUCUAUCUUUUAGGAGACAAUGUUUGACUUGUAUUGCAGAUUCAUUAGCCACACCUCCUGUCAGUCCCUGUUCCAGGUUAGCCUUAGGUCUGCUCUGUAUUGAUGAGAGAACUUCCAGCCAAACUUUAGCCCCCAGGUCUUUCCAUUGCAAAAGAGAAGAACAGGAAAAGUUAAAAACCGAGAGAUGAAGAUUAGGCCUUUAUACUGUCUGGCACAGAACUCUGAGGUAAGGAGCAUCAGUUCAGAGUUGGCUCCGUUUUUAGUUUUCACAUGAUUGGGAAGUGGCGGCUCAUUAAUGCUGAUCGCUUACCAGUUGUCCCCUGACUCUACGUUUCUGGAAGCCAAAGAGGGUUGUGCAAUAGCAGCUGGGGAUUUUUGUUUGCACGUUGUUUGCUUUCCCACUCGUCGGUUACAGUAACAUUGUCCAUACAAAGGCAAUACCUUGGUUCUCAAUUACUUUUGGAAGAUUGGAAAGGCAACCUAUAGUAGUAGUCAUCUCCAAAAACUCAAGUAAGCACAGCUAGUGACUGUCAGUGACUGGAGGAGACCUGUGUCAGGAACCUGCUACCUAGGCAUUACCAUGUUAGCAGUGGGGUGUCUCCAACCAUCAAACAUGACCAUCUAUUGCACAAGUUAAAUGCACUAAGUGACACCCUCAGACGUGCAGCUUUCCAGGCAGCAUGUCAUGGCUACUAACACAAUAGGCUCAUUGGCGUAGAAGAUCUUAGCUCUAGCUAAGUGUGAAGCAUGGGACACUAUGGUUGGGUGGCUACUUUGUUGUCCCAAAAGGACAUUUCUUCAACUAUCAAAACAUCAAAUCCUUUGGCCUGAUCCCAAGUUUUUACUCAGACCCCAGAUUUUGACAGUAGAUGUCACAAGCCAAGAAUGAGAAGCACUGGCAGAAGUAGAUGGGGAUCACUGACGAAGCGGCGUGUGAGACGAUUACCCAGGGCUGGCUUACCUAAUACCAGGUUGCAGCUAGUGAUAUCGACCCUUCACUCUCGAGAGCAUUAAUAUUCAGUGUCUCCCAAACGUAGUAAUCAGAAUUGAAGAGAGAUGACAGCACCAUCGUCUCAGCAACAGGAGUAUAUGGCUGGCCAGUAGAGUACUGGAAUGCCCACGCCUUCCCACAGUGCACAAGGGCAGUAUGCUCCAGCACCCAUUUCACAAUAUCAAAGCACCAGGUUAUCUGUAGGUAGCAUCCUCUUCCCAAUAAAGAACAUCAGGCCAGUUCCAUGUUGUCUCGGUUUGAGAGAGGAAUACGUUGAUUAGAUAGAAAUUCUUGUAUCAUUUUGCCGAAAGGACACAGAUCACCGUUAAUCCAAAGAUAUUUUUAAAAGGAAGCAAUACCGACAAGUCAGCUGAUAGGGUAUCAUUAGAUAACCCGUUAGCUAGUCCUCUGAGGUUGGGCUUUUUCCAGUUUGAAUGUAUUCACACAUGAAAAAGUGUACAAGGCGCUGCUGUUAGAGACAGGCAAUGUAGAUGACUGUGCACAGUGCAUUUUAGCCAACAGCGGGUGGCAGCUUGUUGAUGAGCAAGUUGAGUGCCUGACCUUUCAAUCUCUCUCCUUGCCACCCUCCACACAAGAUAGUCAGCAGUGAAAUAUCAUGAACUAUUUUAUAUGCCCAUCUUCAGUCUUGCUCAUCCUGAAUUUGUUGGG